AUGUCCGACAUCACAAUCCAACAGGACAGUGCUACAGGUAAGAGUCAUUGUUUAUGCAAAAUGAAGUUUUUUAAUUGAAAUUGAGCUGAAUUUUGAAUAAGAAUACCAUAUCUAGAUUUCUAUGAUGGAAAUUUGGCUUUGAGUUGUUAUUAAGUGCAGUUUUGCUUUUUUUUCCCACAGCACUCAAAAAGUCCAAGUCUAGGAAGAACAUCAACCACUUCACUGAUGUGCAUGGGCUGCCUUGCAUCGAGAAUAUAGUGAGAUCUGUUGAGGAAACCCCUGAGCCCAUCACCACCACAAUCACUGGUAAAAUCCCAGAAUGGAUCAGUGGAAGCUUUCUGAGAAACGGACCAGGGAAGUUUGAGAUUGGGAACCAGAAGUGAGUAUAGGUGAUCUUACACGAAAUAAAUGUGACAAUGCUCUUGAGUAUUUUGGAAACAUCUAGUUGUGGGAUAAAAGUCAUUUGUUUGAAACUGGAAAACCAUUAAAUGCACUCUUGGUGGGUUUUCUUGCUUGUGAUUGCAAGUAUAGACAACAAUACUGUGUAGGAUUAAAGAGGUUGUUUGAUGUGGUAUGUCAGUCAUUCAGAAAACCCUAAAAAUUGAUUUUAUAUUGAUGGUGUGCCAAAGCAGGGACAUUUGUACAGCUAAGUUAGAGCAAAUCAUGGGGAUAAUCUCAUAAUUGUAUGCUCUUAUUCAUGCACUAUUAUGAGAUUAUCUUCAUGAUUGAAGUCUUGGAGCUAAUUGAAUUAACCCUUAACUAAUUUUCUUUAACAAAUCCUUAAAUCAACAGUGAGUUUAGUCUAGACCUGGGCAUAACGGCUUGAAUAAGCGUUUUCAUGUUUCUCCUAUUUCUCUUCAGGUUCAACCACUGGUUUGAUGGCAUGGCCCUGCUGCACCAAUUUAAAAUAUCCAAGGGUCAGGUGACUUACAAAAGCCGCUUCCUGUCCAGUGACAGUUACCAAUCCAACAAGGAGCACAACCGCAUCACAGUGUCAGAGUUUGGUACCAUCAUGAUGCCAGACCCCUGCAAAAACUUCUUCCAGCGCUUUGUGUCAAGAUUUGAGUUACCAAGUAAGUAUGUGAUCAAGCUGCAUUAAACGGAGCCUUGCUCUACAUGUCACUAAAUGGAUAGGAUACAGACUACUAAAUUGAGGUGUAACUACACUGCAUUUGAAAUACAGAAUAGUAGAUAUUAAUACAGCUGUCCUGAUCUGUGUGGUUACAUUUUCAUUGUUUUUUUCCCCUUCAGAGCCCACAGAUAAUGCCAACGUGGCCUUUGUGACCUACAAAGGGGAUUAUUUUGUCAGCACAGAAACCAACGUCAUGCACAGGGUGGACCCUGAGACACUUGAGACAACCAAAAAGGUAAUGCAUUGUUGUAUUUAGUUUAAAGGGAAGCGGUUGUAUUUAAACUGGGCACUUAAGUGUGUUAUACUGAACUGCUUGACGAGUGGCAUCAAAAGUCAUACAUGAGAGCAGCACUACAGCACAUUUGUAAGAAGCCGCUGAGUUAAAGCUUAUGAGCACUUAGCGGCUAUAUAAAUCAUAGAAUAUAUGAAAAGGUAUUCACAAGUCCUUGUACACAUUUAUAGGUGAACUGGAGGAAAUUCAUUGCCGUGAAUGGAGCAACAGCACACCCUCACACUGAAGCUGAUGGAACAACCUACAACAUGGGUAACUCCUACACCAGCAAAGGUACUUUACAAACAUAAAACAACAUUCCUCAAAAACAGAACAACCACCCUGUUCACCUGUGGCUCAGUAGCUGUUUUUAUUCUUGUAGGAGCAUACUACAACAUCAUCUGUGUGCCACCAACUAAGGUAACACCUGAUGAUACCCUGGAAGGAGCCACUGUGUUGUGCUCCAUUCCCUCAGAGGACAAGACCAAACCAUCCUACUACCACAGCUUUGGCAAGUUAAAGUUUUAUCCAAGUUUCAUAGUAUUCAUUAGAAACAUAUCCAUUUAAAGAAGCUGGAUCCAAUCUCUGCACUCUUAUGUAAAAUUGCAUGAACAAUGCACUGGUUUCAUAACAUAACCCCAGCAAAUCCUUCUUUGACUCUUUAACUUACGUCAAAUGAAAGAAAGGAAUAACUAUCAACAAGGAACCUCAAACACCAAGAGCAAGCCAAAAGGAAAAGAGCAGAGUAUGAGAGCAACAGUUAAAAUAGUCCAUGACAAUGCUGAAUAUUCCUGAUUAAAGUAUCAGAAACACUAUCCGGAAAAAAAAAAAAAAAAGUUUAAUAAAUGACUCACUUGUUUCCAGCAUGGACAAAAAAUGUUAACUACAAAGUGAUCUUUCAGAGCUCUGCAAUGGAAACUAACACAGCCAUCUCAUACAAUUACAGCAAUGUCUGAGAACUACGUAGUGUUCAUUGAGCAGCCGAUCAAAAUGGACCUGUUGAAGAUCGUGACAGGCAAGCUGAGAACAAAGAGCAUCAGUGACGGCAUCUACUGGGACCCAAAACGCAAAACUAUCUUCCACCUGAUUAACAAGAAGACAGGGAAGGUGAGGCUCAAACAAAAAAGACUUUUGUCACUUCUCCAUACAGCCUUUAAGGAGGUUAAGUUUGUAAGCCACUAAUGUGCAGUUAUUUUUAAAAUAAGGUUUGUGAUUCCCAGUAAAAUGGUAACGUCUAUGCUCAUCUUCUAACUAUUGUAUUAUUUCUUUAUCCUUCUGUCACAUCAACAAUUUCUAGGUGAGCUCCAUCAAGUACUUUGCCCAGGCUCUUUCAACUUUCCACCAGAUCAAUGCUUAUGAGGAGAACGGCUUCUUGAUCAUAGAUCUGUGUGCUUCAGAUGAUGGGCAAGCAAUUUCAAACUACAACAUCCAAAACCUGCGCCAGUCUGGUGAGGCCCUUGACGAGGUAAGGGAGUUAAGUAUAGAUCAAUAUCAAUACUCUAGAAGCUUUAUGUUGCAGUCUACCAAUAUUCAUUCAAGGUUUUUUGGUUUAGCUGUUAAGAAUCAUGUUCAUGUUGUCCCAUCAGGUGUAUAACACUUUGUGUAGAGUCUUCCCACGGCGCUUUGUUCUUCCCCUCAAUGUGGACUUAACAACACCCCUCAACCAGGAUUUGAAUGCCCGCUUUGACACCACAGCCACUGCCAUCCAAACGGCCAAAGAUCAGGUGAGCAGCUAACUUGAUCUUUUUACAUCAAGAUAUGACUAUGUGAAACUCAUUUUGAUGUCUGCUCAUAAAAGGAGUUGACAUAAGAAAACUUACUCAGCAUUUGUGCUGUGUCAGCUAAAGACAAACGCCUUAACCUUGUCAUAAUCUUUGGAUGCUUCUGAUUGAGUCAAUAGUACUUUAACUGAACCACAGUUUGAACUGAAACUGUACAGCCAGUAUCCCCUGGGUCCAUUAUUCAAGCUGUUUAAUUUCCCCUGUCCAGGUCUUCUGCACCCAUGAGGACCUCCAUGGGGAAGAUCUUCAUCAAUAUGGAGGUCUUGAGUUUCCCCAGAUCAACUAUGGCAAAUACAACACCAAGCCCUACCGUUACUUUUACGGCUGUGGCUUCAGACAUCUUGUUGGAGAUUCACUGAUCAAGAUGGACAUCAAUGGGAAAAACAUGAAGGUGAGUUAAGAGUUUGAGCAUUACUGUCCACCAGUGCAAUGAAAAAACAAUGUAUUAAAGCAUGGAUCAUAUCUCUACCUACUGUCAAAGGCCGAUAACACAAAUCACAAACCGCUGCCAACUCUAAAACUUAUGGCAAUCUACUGUAUUUUCCUGCAGGUGUGGGAGCAACCUGGUCUUUAUCCCUCUGAACCUGUCUUUGUGCCCUCCCCCAAUGCAACUGAGGAAGAUGAUGGUGUCGUUCUAUCCGUGGUCAUUACUCCGAAUGAGGUGAGUCAAGUUCAGUCAAAGUGUUUUUGGACCAAAGAAACACUAGGUGGAUUUUCAAACAGCUGGCUCUUGAGUCAAUAGUAUUAUACAGUAAUACAAUCCUAAAGGGCUGUAGAAGGCAAAAGGGGUUAUGUGAAAGCACUGUACCAUAACCAGAGACUUUCAGAUGUAGCCAUCCUUCGACUUCUCUUCUACCGGUAUUUGACGAGAAAAAAAUUAGCAUUUAAAGCAUUCCAAGUUGACUAAAUUAUAUGUCUGUGAAUUUCAAUGUGCUAAUUUCUCUAACUCUGUCAUGCUCAUAACAGUAUUUUUCUCCCAUGUCUUAAUUCUUUCAAGGACAAGAGCACAUUCCUCCUGGUUUUAGAUGCCAAAACAUUUGAGGAGCUGGGCAGAGCUGCAGUGCCUGUCAACAUCCCCUAUGGUUUCCACGGAGCAUUCAACAACACUGCCUAA